AAAAAAUGGUUCAAUCAAGAAGAAUCGGUAGCCUCGCCGAUUCGGUCACUUCCCUUAAAUCACAUUAUUUUGCCUCAAAUACACUGUAAAGUUUAUUUUCCUCUCACUCUGACCGGCAAGACGAAAUAACUUGCCGAAGAAACCUGUAUCAUUCUUGAAUUGAAACCCCUCUUUAAUUACCUGUGUCACUAUUUUUACAAUUACAAACAUCACAAAACCCUAAUCUCUUUACGAAAAUGCCGCCCAAACUGAACAAGCAACCCAUCAAUGUGGUUGAAAUCGACAGCAGCGACGACGACGGAGAAGAUAGCGUCACUAUUGUUGCAUGUAAUAGUAAAUCAUUGCCGUCAAAUACUAAAGCUCAACCCCAGCCGCAAAUGCCGAAGCCUAACAAUCAAACUCUAGAGUGCCGGAGUUUCUGGAAAGCCGGUGGUUAUGCCGUAAAUCCAGCUCCUAGAGCAGCUAUUGACCAAGGGCAGUUGGAGCAUGCGAGAGUGCAUCCGAAGUUUCUGCAUUCAAAUGCAACUUCUCAUAAAUGGGCUUUUGGAGCAAUUGCUGAACUACUUGAUAACGCUGUUGAUGAGAUUUUUAAUGGGGCUAGCUUUCUGAAGAUUGAUAAAUUUGAUAUCAAGAAGGACAAUUCUCCUGCAUUGCUUUUCCAAGAUGACGGUGGUGGAAUGAAUCCUGAAUCUAUUCGAAAAUGCAUGAGUUUGGGUUAUUCUUCAAAGAAAUCGAACAAGACAAUUGGACAAUAUGGAAAUGGAUUCAAGACAAGUACUAUGCGAUUAGGUGCUGAUGUUAUUGUUUUUAGCCGUGCAUCUAGUGGAAGCAAAGCAACUCAGAGUGUUGGGCUUUUAUCUUACACCUUAUUGCUGAAAACUGGGCAGGAUGACGUUAUCGUUCCAAUGGUUGAUUUCGACAUUUCUGGUCAUUGUGCAGAACCAAUUAUUUAUAGCUCACAAGAUGAUUGGACCUCUAACCUGAAUAUGAUCCUUGAAUGGUCUCCUUUCGAAUCAAAAGACAUGCUUAUGCAACAGUUUGAGGAUAUUGGGCCACAUGGCACGAAAAUAAUAGUAUACAAUUUAUGGCUGAAUGAUGAGGGUGUAUACGAAUUAAGUUUUGACGACGAUGACGAGGAUAUCCAAUUGAGGGAUGAAGCUCACCGAGGUGAUCAGAAAAAACUGCACAAGAAAACUGUUGAACUUCGACGUCACAUCUCUUACCGUUUCCAUUUUUCAUUAAGGGCUUAUGCUUCAAUUUUAUACCUAAGAAAAUUCACAAACUUCAGGAUUAUAUUGAGGGGGAAGCUUGUAGAGCAAUAUACCAUUGCAGAUGAUUUGAUGUAUCCUAAAACUGCCAUAUACAGACCUCAACUGGGAGUAACAUCAAAAGAAGUUUCCGCAGAAACAACAAUUGGUUUCAUCAAGCAGGCACCUAAUCUUGACGCUCUUGGCAUCAAUGUAUACCAUAAAAAUCGCCUGAUCAGGCCCUUCUGGAAAGUCACUGGGGAAAAUUCUUCUAAAGGAAGAUUUAUUGUUGGAGUUCUUGAAGCAAAUUUCAUUGAACCAGCACAUGAUAAGCAGGAUUUUGAGAGAUCGUCACUGUUUAUUCGGCUAGAAGCUAAGCUGAAACAAAUGGUGAUGGAAUACUGGAAUAACAACUCCUAUUUAAUUGGAUUUCAGCCUCCUUGGGAAAAAGGGCAGACAUCAAACAAACAGAGUCAAUCCCCUUACAAGCGUGACACUGCUUUGUCAGUUAAUUCUAGAGAAGAAAUGCAUCUUGAUCAAUCUGCCAAUUUGCCACAUUUGCCUGAGGAUCAUGGAGUAACUUCCUCUGUGGGUGGAUAUGAAGAAGUCCUAACUGAAGAUGGUCUAGGGUCCAAACUGGUUGAUCAAAUCUGCGAAGAAAAUAUAGAGCUCUUUUUGAGGUGCGAAGGACACAGGCAAAAGGAGACUGAGCUGAAACGAACGGUAACAGAGUUGGAGAAAGAGCUCGAGCAAGCCAAGCGGAAGUGUGCUCAACUUGCUGCUCACCUGGAGACUAAAAGGAAACAGAAGACAACAAAAGAGCAGACUGAAAAAGUCUCAUAGCGCCUCUUGUAAUGCUUUCAACAGGCGGACAAUGAGAUCGAUCUAAUUGUAACUGAAAGGUUAGGCUCGUGGUUGUGGAUUUUUCUUUUCUAAGCUUAGCUUCAUGCUGUUAAAAUGAUCUUAUUUUGUAAAGCUCAGUUAUGCUACUUUAGAUUGGUUUUUUGUAUAUAUGAUUUUAGGUUGAACAACUGUAAUGUGCAUAAUAUGAAUUAUGAUGAUACUUGUAUAGAUAGAACUGUCUGUUGUGGCUAUUGGAGCUGUUAAAUCCAACAGCUGACAACAACUCUUCUAACAAAUCCAUUUUAUAA